AGGUCUGAGACGGGUUAAAGUCCGUACUCCACACCUGGAUCAGGCGUCCCUCAAAGCUUCAUUAUCAGCUGAGGCAGAAGUGAUGAUUUCUCACAGUCUGUGGAUGUCAUGACACCCAGUGGUCUGUGCAGAAAUCCCUCGGAUCUUCACUACUGACUGCAGUGAACUGGGGACAGUCACUCGCAGUCUGCCUCUAUCAUGACACCCAGUGAACAUACAGCUGAACCAGCGGUCACACGUGUUUGACUGUGACAGAAGGAACAAGAAGGGCAGAAAAAGCGUCUGAAAAGUGAGGCAGCCAUGGCAGCGGAUCUCGAUGUGGUGAACCUGUUUUUUAUUGCUGGGGGAACACUGGCUAUUCCCAUUCUGGCCUUUGUCGCAUCCUUCCUUCUCUGGCCCUCAGCACUCAUUAAAGUUUAUUACUGGUACUGGAGGAGGACUCUGGGCCUGCAGGUACGCUACGCAGACUGUGGUGGUUAUCGCUUCUGUUACUCAUACAGAGGAAAGCCAGGGAUGAGACCUUCCAUUUUAAUGCUGCAUGGCUUCUCUGCUCACAAAGACACAUGGCUCACGGUUGUCAAGUAUCUACCAAAACAUCUGCACCUUGUGUUUGUGGACAUGCCUGGCCACGAGGGAACAACACGCACCAACACAGAGGAUUAUUCCAUUCAGGGGCAGGUCAAACGAAUCCAUCAGUUUGUGGAAACCAUUCGCUUGACCAGGAAACCCUUCCACCUGGUGGGAACCUCCAUGGGGGGAAACGUAGCCGGGGUUUACGCGGCUUACUAUCCCUCAGAAAUCUGUAGCAUGACUCUCAUUUGCCCAGACGGUAUAAGACAUCCAUGCGAGACCAAAUUUGACAAUCAUCUGCAGGACCUGGAGCACAGCAAUUACACAUUAAACAUCCCGCUGAUCCCCACUACACCGGAAGAGAUGGAGGACAUGUUCAGACUUUGCUCCCAUGUUCGCUUUAAAAUCCCUCAGCAGGUCAGGUCCACACUUGAAAAUGACAGCAGUAUGAACUUCACAAUUCUUCAAGGAUUGGUAGAUGUUCGGCAGCCUCACAACACAUUUUACCAAGAAGUAUUUAUGGAGAUUGUUGGUGAGAAAUCCAGAUAUGCCUUACAGGAUCACUUACAUCUGAUCACUGCACCUUUACAAGUGAUAUGGGGCAAACAAGACCAGGUGGUGGAUGUCUCUGGAGCGACAGUCAUUGCAGAGGUGUUGCCUGGAUGCAGAGUGGACCUGCUGGAGAACUGUGGCCACUCUGUGGUGAUGGAGCGGCCCUGUCGGACUGCCAAACUCAUCCUGGAGUUCAUCAUUUUACAGCAAGACGCCAGGGGUUGCACAAAGAAAUCUUCCUGAACAAAAGACUUUUAAUCAUUUCCAUCCGUUGUAAUGCUUCAUCUGCUCCUUAUAUGUGACAUGCAUAUGUACACAUAUGUCCACACUUUUAAAAAUGUACAUCAGGGCAGUAGGCAAGGUUCCUACAAUAGUGUUGCAGCAUUUCAUAGAUGUUAAAAUAAGUCGCAUUUAAUUUCUGAUGUA